AGAAUAGAACCAACGAUAGAACUUCUCAAGUCGUUCAAGUUUCAGUUGUUGGAGUAAGAGUAGUUCUGCCUCAUCUGCACUGUCAUGUAUUGCAAGAUGUAUUGCAAGAUGUAUUGUUGCAUGUAGGCUCUACGACUGCCACAUAAUAAGAAGCGAGAAGGACAUAACUACAGCUGUAAUAUCUGGUGCAAGAUGACUGAGUGUGAGCCAACCUGCACCCCAAUGGGGAGGCUGGAAGUAGGAGAGGAGAAAUCUGAGAACCCCUCCCUUCCUCCACGCCAGAGCACCUCCGUCCGCUUCAUAGACUCUAUCCGCAAGAGUUUCUUUGUGAUAGGAACUUCCUUCGUUGUUCUAGUGGCUUUCAGGAACUCUGUGACCUGGCAUCUGCAGCAGUGCUGGGGAGCUUCAGGUGACUUCUGGCAAGGCCAGUGGGGCAAGAUAUAUGAUUGGUUUGAGGGCGAUGAGUACAGGCUAACACUCAUAGGAACUUUUGUGUGGACGAUGACAAUCUUUUGGACAGCCAACAUUCUUCUGAUUAUUCUUGACCUAACUGGCAAACCAGAGUUCCUUCUACGUUACAAGAUUCAGCCGGAAAAGAACGCCCCAGUUGAGAAGAAAAGGCUUCUCUCUGCUAUUGGCCGUGUGCUCUUCAAUCAGACUGUCAUCGCAGGACCUGUCUUCAUCGUCCUCUUCCAUCUGAUGAAGCUAAGAGGCUUCAGCUAUGGCCGAGAGCUGCCCACCUUCCAGUGGGUUCUCUUUGAGAUGCUCGUGUGUGUGCUGAUGGAGGAGGUGGGGUUCUACUACUCUCACAGGACCGUUCACCACCCGCUGCUCUACAAGCGCAUCCACAAGCUCCACCACGAGUGGACGGCCCCUAUCGGCAUCAUCGGGCUGUACGCUCACCCCCUCGAGCACGUCAUGUCCAACAUGAUGCCGCCCAUGCUCGGCCCGCUCAUCAUGGGCUCGCACCUCUCCACGAUGUGGCUCUGGUUCGGCAUCGCUCUGCUGUCGACGACGAACGCGCACAGCGGCUACCACUUCCCCUACUUCCCGUCGCCGGAGGCGCACGACUUCCACCAUCUGAAGUUCAACCAGAACUACGGUGGGGUGCUUGGAAUCCUCGAUCGCCUGCAUGGUACCGACAGCCUGUUCCGUGUCACCAAGCAGUACGAGCGUCACAUCAUGUGCCUUACCUUCAACCCGCCGCGGCAGGAGAUCCCCGACAUUGUCAAGAACGCCAAGGCUAAGCCAGAGUGAAGCUGCUAGUGCCAAGGGCUCGGAUUUACGUGUUGCCCCCAAGCCAUAGUGUUGCAGUCGGUUCUGUUGGUGUCUCAUUGUUACUCUUUACGUAGAUGGUGGCGGUAGUGUGUGCGCUUAGCUUUUAGCUUUGCCUGUGCUAGCGUACUGCAGCGACGAUUGCUAUUUUUGUAUGUUUGCGAUAUUUAUGAAGUAACCCAGUGUAUCCUGCCAGUGGUUCCUGAUAUCUGAAGAUGCUAGCAUGGGCUGCGCCUGUGAGGGCAAAUUUGGGUUAUCACUAAUGCUUGACGGUGGCACGUAGCAGUGUUGAAUGUACUCACUGGUGGUGGCAUAUCACAUUUCAGAGAUAUUCACAGAUCAGUUUCUUCUACGCAGAAUUGUGUCUGGUAUAGAGGUCAUCCAUUUUGUAGUUGAUCAUCUGGUUGUAUUGGAGGUAGAGGUUCAUGUGUGCAACUAGCCGAUGAGACUGAUAAAUGAAGUCGGUUGAUGGGAAUGUUUAAAUAAUUGUUAAAGAAAGCUGCCUAUAAGCUCGAUGUGUUUACAAGCCAUGUGCCUGCUAUAUUUUUGGUGGUGUCUUGAUGAAAUCCAGAUUAGGUAGAUUUUGGUGUCUAUUGUAUUUUACAUAGAGGAAUGUUAGUGUAUACACAUUUACUGUUAUCGGCUGGCUUUUGCUUUCAAUGUUUAAAUGUAGUCUUUUCUUGACAGUAGGUUUUCAUGUCUAUUAACAGGGUGAGAGGUUAUUAAUUUCAUUGGACAAUUGCAACGUGAUUCAUCCUUAACAAUUAGUUAUUGGUUUCCCAUUCCUGUAAUGUGUUAAGGCACAGAUGGCCAAUUUUAUUUUUAAUUCUAUUAAUACGUUUAUUUCAUUAUUAAUGGUUAUUUUUUAUCACUUUCUAGUUAUAUUAUUAUAUACUCAUCACCAUUAUCAUUAUCCUCACCAUACCCUAUGUGUGGUUGCCUCGGCUAGUCAUCAUCAAGAGAAAAAAAAGAUCUUUCUGACCACCACUUGGUUGUUCAUUUUCCCGAUGAGGUUUCCUUUGAUUUCUGCAGUAUUACAUAGUAUACAGAGCGAAAAUAUCUGGUCCUGGUAUACAUAUUACAGGACUCGGUUUUGCGUUUUCCCGUUUUUCUAGGUGUCCUUUUAUCACAAGCACGCCUCGGUUUUACGACGUAAGCGAAUAGCGCACUUAGCGAACGGGUUUCGGUGUUGUGCAGCCGAUUGAUUUGAUUUUUUGCCAAAUCGUGAGGUGAUGAGAAGCGCAAAUACUCACAACCCACUAGUUUUCGUAGUUGCUACGCUAUAGAUUAUGUUAUCCGAUGUUGCAAAUGUGCUUCAGAGAAAUUUAAGCCAAAGCCUGUGUGUGCAUCAUGGCCACGAGUCUUGUGGCUCGAAUACACUUAUACUCUAGUGUA